GCGGUGAGGGUUCCGCCCGCUCUCCCUCCCUUCCUUGUCCGGCCGCCUCACGGAGCGGGCCAUGGCCCGCAGGUUUGGAAGGCCCUGCGGCUCGGCCGGGUCGGGGGAGCGGUGAGGGGCGCAACCGGGGCGAGGCGGGGAGCAGCCGCCUGUGGGGUCCCUCCGCCUCGGGCAUGUCCCCGCCGGCAGGGCCCUCUGCUCGGUGUUAGCGCCUCAAGCCGGCUGCGGGCGCGGUCAUGGGGACGGCGUCGUCCCUGGUGAGCCCGGCAGGCGCGGUCGGGGAGGUGAUCGAAGACACGUACGGCGGGGGCGAGGCCUGCGAGAUCCCCGUAGAGGUGAAGCCCAAGGCCCGGCUGCUGCGCGGCUCCCUGCGGCGGGUCGGUGCCUCGCGGCCCGGCGGCCUCAUCGGGGCCAGCUUCAAGUCGACGGCGUCGGUGCAGGAGCUGGAGUGCGUGGCCGAGUACGAGCGGCUGAAGAAGGAGUACGAGAUCUUCCGCGUCAGCAAGAACAACGAGGUGGCCUCCAUGGUGAAGAAGGAGGCCAAACUGGACAGGGAGAACAAGCGGCUGCGCGCCGAGCUGCAGGCACUUCAGAAAACCUACCAGAAAAUCCUUAGAGAGAAAGAAAGUGCAUUGGAAGCUAAAUACCAAGCCAUGGAGAGAGCUGCUACUUUUGAACAUGAUCGAGACAAGGUCAAAAGGCAAUUCAAGAUUUUUAGAGAAACUAAAGAAAAUGAGAUUCAGGACUUACUGAGGGCCAAACGGGAGCUAGAAGCCAAGCUUCAGAGACUCCAGGCCCAAGGAAUCCAAGUGUUCGAUCCUGAAGAGUCUGAUUCUGAUGAUAAUUGUACGGAUGUUACAGCUGCUGGGGCACAAUCUGAGUACUGGAAUGGAGGAGCUUUGGGAAGUGAGCCAUCCAUGGGUAGUAUGAUGCAACUUCAGCAGUCUUUCAGAGGGCCUGAGUUUGCUCAUAGCUCCAUAGAUGUUGAGGGACCAUUUGCAAAUAUAAACAGGGAUGAUUGGGAUGCUGCUGUUGCCAGUUUAUUACAGGUUACUCCUCUGUUUUCCCACUCUCUCUGGAGUAACACAGUAAGAUGUUUUAUUAUUGGCACUGAUGAGACUCAACCAGAAGUGGACAUGUUCAUUAGAAACUACUCACCAAAGCUUCAAAGAGCCUGUGAAACAAUGGGGUACUUCUUUCAAGUUGUUCAUUUUUCAGAAGAACAUGAAAGGCCUCUUAAGGAUGUAAGAAAAUGGGAAAUUGAAAAAAGUUCAUUAAUCGUUUUGCUCCUGCAUUUAACUUUGCCAAGUUGUUUGUUGGAGGACUGUGAAGAAGCCUUCUUGAGAAAUCCAGAGGAGAAACCCCGGCUCAUUUACCACAGAAAGGAAGAUGGCAGAGUCAGUUCAGCUUCAGUGCAACAAUUCAUUGAGCAAAUCUCUCAUGUGAACAAAGCAAAGAUGAUUGAUCAUACUGGAGGUGCGGAGGAAGGAACAUAUGAAAUCUAUAACUGUGUGGAAAAGAUAAUUAAACAGGAUAUAUUGGGGUGUGAAAUGACAGAACUAGAAGGCAAGGAUUUAGGUAAUAAGGAAGAGUCCACUGCUCCUGAAGAAGAAGUUUUUGGUGAUGUAUUGUGGGAUGCACAUGAUGAACAAGAACAGAUGGAAGCUUUUCAGCAGGCCUCUAAUUCAACAUGUGAGCUGGGAUUUGAGAAAUACUUUGAACGUCUAAAUGACCUUGUAGCAGCACCAGCACCAAUUCCACCUCUGCUUGUAUCAGGAGGACCAGGCUCUGGGAAAUCUCUCCUUCUCUCAAAAUGGAUUCAAUUGCAACAGAAGCAUUCCCCAAACACUCUAAUUCUUUAUCACUUUGUUGGGAGGCCCAUGUCUACUAGUGCAGAAUCUGCAUUGAUAAUCAAACGCCUUACUUUAAAGCUUAUGCAACACUCAUGGUUAGUGUCACCUCUGACUUUCGAUCCAGCUAAACUUCUGGAAGAGUUCCCUCGUUGGCUGGAAAAACUUUCUGCACGUCAUCAAGGCAGCAUUAUUAUCAUUAUUGAUUCUAUUGACCAGAUACAGCAAGCUGAGAAGCAUAUGAAGUGGCUGAUAGAUCCAUUGCCAGUGAAUGUGAGAGUGAUUGUAUCAGUGAAUGUAGAAACAUGUCCACAGGCUUGGAGGUUGUGGCCCACUCUUCAUCUUGAUCCGCUGAAUUCCAAAGAUGUUAAAUCUCUCAUUAGUGCAGAAUGUAACUCUGCAAAUGUUAAAUUGACUAAAGAGCAGGAGAAGAAGCUUGAGAGACAUUGUCGUUCUGCUGCAACUUGCAAUGCUUUGUAUGUCACUCUCUUGGGCAAAACCAUUGCCUGUCUUGGAAAUACAGGAAAUAUAGAUGAAACCCUUCAACAGUGUUUGCAGUGUCAAGACACCGUGUCACUGUACAGGCUUGUUCUGAGAUCAAUUCAAGAAUCAUUGCGGAGUGAUUCAGAGAAAGGUCUUUUGAGAGAGAUACUGUGUGUCAUUGGUGUUAGCCACAAUGGUGUGAGUGAGUCAGAGCUGAUGGAACUUUAUCCUGAGCUGUCUUCUGCAGCCUUGGCCUCGCUCAUUCACAGCCUGCACAGAAUGUGUUUGCUGACAUACGGCUGUGGUUUGCUGAAGUUCCAGCACCUCCAGGCUUGGGAGGUGGUGAGAUUAGAGUAUAUGGAAGAAGGUGAAAAUGUUCUUUCUGCCUAUAGACAAAAACUAGUGGAGUAUUUCACCAUGCAGCUAAGUCGAGACCGAGUGACUUGGAGAAGCGCAGAUGAACUUCCCUGGCUCUUCCAACAGCAGGGUGAUAAGCAAAAGCUACACAAGUGUCUUUUGAAUCUCUUUGUGUCGCAAAACCUUUACAAAAGGGGACAUUUUGCAGAGUUGCUGAGUUACUGGCAGCUGGUUGGGAAAGAUAAGAGCUCUAUGGCAGCUGAGUAUUUUGACUCUCUGAAAGAAUAUGAGAAAAGCUGUGAGGGAGAGGCAAGUAUGAUCUGCCUGGCUGAUCUUUAUGAGACCCUGGGACGGUUUCUUAAGGACCUAGGUCUUCUCAGUCAGGCCGUGGCUCCUCUGCAGCGCUCUCUGGAGAUCCGCGAGACUGCGCUGGAUCCAGACCACCCGAGGGUGGCACAGUCACUGCACCAGCUCGCAGGAGUUUAUGUGCAGUGGAAGAAGUUUGGGAAUGCUGAGCAGUUGUAUAAACAGGCACUGGAAAUCUCUGAGAACGCUUACGGAGCUGAGCAUCCUCGGGUAGCCCGUGAACUUGAUGCGCUUGCAACCCUAUACCAAAAGCAGAACAAAUAUGAACAAGCUGAGCAACUGAGGAAAAAGUCCUUCAGAAUACGCCAAAAAGCAGCAAGGAGGAAAGGCAGCCUGUGUGGCUUUGCUCUCCUGCGCCAAAGAGCCCUGCAGUUGGAAGAGCUCACCUUAGGCAAGGAUACACCAGAUAAUGCUCGAACCCUCAAUGAGCUUGGAGUCCUCUACUACUUGCAGAAUAAUCUGGAGACAGCAGAGCUCUUCCUGAAGCGCUCCUUAGAAAUGAGAGAGAGAGUCCUGGGGCCCGAGCACCCCGACUGCGCGCAGUCCUUGAACAACCUGGCAGCCUUGUACAAUGAGAAGAAGCACUAUGACAAGGCAGAGGAACUCUAUGAGAAAGCUUUAGACAUCAGGAGGAGAGCACUGGCUCCAGAUCAUCCCUCCUUGGCUUACACUGUCAAACACCUGGCAGUGCUGUACAAAAAGAUGGGAAAACUUGACAAGGCUGUUCCUCUGUACGAGCUAGCAGUUGAAAUCCGACAGAAGUCAUUUGGCCCAAAACACCCCAGUGUGGCAACUGCUUUGGUCAAUCUGGCUGUCCUGUACUGUCAGAUGAAAAAGCAGAUUGAAGCUUUACCUCUCUAUGAACGGGCGCUAAAGAUUUAUGAAGACAGCUUUGGGCACAUGCAUCCUCGUGUGGGGGAAACUCUGAAGAACUUGGCUGUGCUUAGCUAUGAAGGGGGAGACUUUGAGAAGGCAGCGGAACUGUACAAGAGAGCUAUGGAAAUAAAAGAAGCAGAGACUUUGUUGAUAGGUGGAAAAGCAACUUCUCGACACUCAUCGAGUGGAGAUACAUUCAGCUUAAAAAGUGCAUUAUCACCCAAUAUUUUCCUGGAACAUGGACAAAGCCACCUUGAGAAGCUGUGGAAAUUGGGAAGUUCUUUGCAGGAUUGUUGCUAAAGAGAAGGAAAAGAGGAAAAGGUAAAAAAGAACACAAAAACCACCCCCCAAACCCUCAACCUUUUCAGCUUGUGGGUGUUUCUGUUGCCUGCUCUGCUCAGAGAUGGGAGUUCCCUCCUCCAAAGCCAGUGCUGGGAAUUAGCAGAUGUCUGCUCAAGGUUGUCACCUCUGUUCUGGUUUUAAAAUGUAUAGUGGUGUAUCUUGUUCUCCUCAAUAGCUUUCCUCAGUGUUGUUAUCUUAAAUGAGAAGAUACAACACUGGAGGGUCUAGAAGGGAUCAGACUUGCCCCAUUUAGUGAUUCUCACUUCUGACCUGUCACACUUCUUCCCUUGAGUGACUUCUUUCCAACUCACUCACAGGCUGCAGGGUUGAUUUUAGGAGAAAAAUCAGUCCCUAAAAAGUAGCAGAUCCCGACCAUCCAUGCUCCACCAGCAAAGAUAGUGAGGAAACAACAGGCUUUAGCUGUCAACCCAAAGGAAACCUUCUACAGGAAGUAAAACAGGACCAUAAGUAAUGGUGGAGGGUCUUGCAGGCCGCAUGUUGGCCAUGAGCUGAUGCAGCUGUAGUCAUAGUGCUCUUAAGAUAGUUGUCCACGUAUCUGCAGUUGUGCCUCAUGGAUAUUAAAGAAGUAACUUGUGUAUCUGGUGUAUGCCAAAUGAUACUUCCAUGUAGAAAACACCUUAACACAGAGCGUGACCAGUUUCAAUGGAGAUUUCAUCAUAGUCAGUAUCAACAUGACAGUAACACUCGUGAUGCACUGUAAAACCAGAAAGCUUCAUUUAUCAGAUUGCCAAAUAAACAAAGCUGGGCUAAACCAUUGCAAGAUGCUUUGUUAGUUCAUCAUGAAAGGAGUCAUAAAUCUUCCUUCGUGUUUUAUAGUCAGAGGACAUUAUACUUGUAAAUGUCUUUUUAACUUAACAAAAUUCCUUGAAACUGC